AUGCCACUCAAGCAGCUACCUUCCGACUUCAGCAUCCACACCUUCUCAUCCGCCAAGGAUUUCGAAGCUUUCCUUGACCGAGAACAUACCACGGCUCCAGGAUGCUAUAUCAAGCUCGCAAAGAAGGCUUCAGGUAUUCCUUCUAUCACUGCACCAGAAGCAGUAGAAGUUUGCUUGUGCUUUGGCUGGAUCGAUGGAGGAGGCGGGGGUAGCAUUGAUGAGACAUGGUGGUUGACGCGGUACACUCCGCGCCGAGCCAAGAGCAUGUGGUCGAAGAAGAAUACAGAGACCGUGGCACGGCUGAUCCAAGAAGGCAGGAUGCGACCCGCGGGCAUGGCUGCGGUGGAGGCAGCAAAGGCGGAUGGUCGUUGGGACAGAGCAUACGAUGGGCCAGCCUCCAUCACGGUUCCCGAUGACCUCGCUGCUGCACUAAAGGACACGCCCGCGGCAUCAGUUCUUUUUACCAGCUUGAACAAAUCAGAGCGGUAUGCAGUACUCCACCGCGUGCAGACAGCGUCGUCCAAAACCAGGGCUACUCGUAUCGAAGCACUUGUGCAGAUGCUAGCCAUUGGGGAGGUCCCUGGGAGAGCACAGGCCCAAGCAGUAACCAGGAAGGAUGCCGGCGUGCGAAACACGUCUAGGAGAAGCAACAAGACCGCAGCUCAAGCCAAAUCGAAGAGCACGAACAAGACCGCUGCAAGACCAACCUCGAGUACCAGAGACGUGCCAAGCAAGGAGCUCGACGCAAGAUCAGCGGGCAAGGAGCCUCGGCGUCCUGGUCUGCGCUCAAGACGCUGA